CUAAUCUAAGUCUAGCACGAAUAAAGUACAGUGAUUAUCUAGAUGUCUUUUUGACCAAGACAGAGUUGUCGUUGACUUAUCCUCAGUCAACCUGUAAUCCUUUGUGAAAAGGAAGCCCGCCUGCGAGAGAAUAAAGCCACCACUGCCUGAGCGAAUAUCCCAAGGCAGCCAAACCACGGGCGCUUGUUUACGUCUAGCAUCACAUCACCGACCAACCUCACACACACAGACACACCCUCGUUUUUUCGACGACACACACAUCCUCCCCCUCUGCGCCCACACAGAGUUCCUUAGCCCACCAUGUCGAACACCGACUUUCUCGGCCGCGCAAUCGACACGGUCAAAAAGGCCAUCGAACUAGACACCGCAGGGUCUUAUGAACAAGCAUACCAACAAUACUAUGCGGCUCUGGAACUCUUCAUGCUCGCCUUGAAAUGGGAGAAGAACCCGAAAUCAAAAGAAAUGAUACGGGCGAAGGCUGGGGAGUACAUGGACCGAGUGGAGAAACUGAAGGCGCACAUACAAGCCAACGACCCGAGUAAUCGAAAGAAACCGGCGGCGAUGGGCGUCAACGGCAAAGCGGUCAACGGGGCAGGCAAGGGCGAAGCCGGCGGCGACAAGGACGAAGAAGAUGCCGACAGCAAGAAGCUACGGGGUCAACUGACGGGGGCCAUCCUGACGGACAAACCGAACGUGAAGUGGGAGGACGUGGCGGGGUUGGACGCCGCGAAGGAGGCACUGAAAGAGGCCGUCAUCUUACCCAUCAAGUUCCCUCAUUUGUUCCAGGGGAAAAGACAACCGUGGAAGGGCAUAUUACUCUACGGUCCUCCCGGGACUGGUAAAUCGUACCUGGCCAAAGCCGUCGCGACCGAGGCCAACAGCACAUUUUUCAGCGUGAGCUCUUCCGACCUGGUGAGUAAGUGGAUGGGUGAAUCGGAGCGACUGGUGAAGCAGCUGUUCAAUAUGGCGAGAGAAAAUAAACCGGCAAUCAUCUUCAUCGACGAGGUCGACGCCCUGUGCGGUCCCAGAGGAGAAGGCGAGUCCGAGGCGUCGAGACGUAUCAAGACGGAACUUCUGGUCCAGAUGGACGGUGUAGGCAAAGACUCGAAAGGUGUAUUGAUUCUAGGCGCCACAAACAUCCCCUGGCAACUCGACGCGGCCAUCCGCCGACGUUUCCAACGCAGAGUGCACAUUUCCUUGCCCGACAAGCCGGCGCGGAUGAGAAUGUUUGAGCUCGCCGUCGGCGACACGAAAUGUGAAAUGACACAACAAGAUUACAAGGCCCUGGCCGAUCUCAGUGAAGGUUACUCCGGAAGUGAUAUCAGCAUAGCGGUACAAGACGCCCUGAUGCAACCCGUCAGAAAGAUUCAGACUGCAACCCAUUAUAAAAAGGUCCAAGUAGAUGGUGGCGAAAAACUCACCCCUUGCUCUCCCGGUGAUUCAGGAGCCAUGGAGAUGACCUGGAUGGAAGUCGACUCGGAGCAACUGCUCGAACCCCCCUUGACCGUCAAGGACUUCAUCCGGGCCAUCAAGGGUUCCAGACCGACCGUGUCCGGUGACGAUCUGAAACGAAACGCGGACUGGACGGCAGAGUUUGGUAGUGAAGGAGCAUAGAGCAGUAACCGUUGGAGGGGUUUCGGGGCAGGGCAAACUCCGGCCCCCCAGCCACAGUAAAAAGAAAAGCAAGAGACGAUUUAUGAGGAAGCUGUGUGUGCGUAUAGGAUGUGCCUGAUUUUGCAUGAGCAAUGGCGUUUCAAAGGAGGUGCUUUUUUCUUUCACUCGGAAUAUUGCCGGGGGUUUUGGUUUCCCUUUCUCUUUCUCUUUCUCUUUCUCUGAAACGGGAACCGUGCGGACUCGACCGGGCUUUACUCAUGAGGAUGAAUUUUUCUUUUUGGCUUUUUCUAAACGAAAUAUGAUACGAGGCACUGGCUAGAGAUACGAAAUAUAUAUACUAUAUGUACGCCCCGAAUAUCUAGAAGGGCCAUU